AUGAGUGGCACUGUGGGACCACUGUCGCUGGAGCAUGUCUCCGCGUCCGCCAGCCAUUCCAAAUACGCACCGUGCCUUCUUCCGCAAAAGGCAGGUCUAGUCGAAAACAGCGCCGCGGAGUUGCAAAGUGCUUCCCAAUCCGGAGCGUCCUUUGUACUCGGCGGUGUAUGCAAAUGGAAGCCCUUCUCUGCGCCGGGGUCGCUGGCAACGGAUAAAAGCCAGGCGAGAGGCACUGGGUUGCUCCCAGCCCAGCCUCCCCCGGUUGGAUCGCCUUGCAGCCCGCCAUUCCCCGCUCGACUCGACUCACUGAGUUUGACCGGCCUGAUCGCGACCUCUGCGUCCCAAAUUCACGACCGUCUCCCGCGCCAUUUACGCCCCCCGCACGCCAUGUCGUCCUACAACUACUACGCCUCUCCCCCCUCGUCGCCGGCGGCGAGCUUCUUCCCCACCGGACCUUCCGCUCCUCACGCGUUCGCAUCGUUCCAUCAGUCUCCGCGCGACGGACACGCCAUGUAUGCCGCACUCGCCCCAUCUUCGCGGUCCAACAUCCCGCCCAGCGGAAAGUCGUCGCAGACUAACCCGCUGAAGAAGCUCGUGGCGCGAAAGUAA